AGCUGCAAGAGUGAUGAAAAUGGGCCAGGCUUAUCACGAGCUCUAUUCAAUGAUAGACUUUGUCUGAUUUGUCUUGUGACUUAACGAAGUUAUUGUAAUCUACAGCCAGUCUUAAUUAAAAUUUUAAAAUCAAAGCAGACCACAGGAUCUGGCUAACAUAAAAUUCAAAACAAAAGCAUUUUGCAGCACAGCAAAUCUGUUUAAACACUGAAAUCUGCUAAAUCUGCUCGCCAGCUUGUCAGGUUCUGCUCGCCAGACGACGUAGAAUGGCUUAUGGAGGAAUUACUUUGCCAAAAACUGUUUCAAAUUGUUACAAAGUUGCUCUCAAUUCGGUUGAUCAGGCUCUCGAAGACAUCCUUGAAAAUGAUAACUACAAGACAACGCACCUGGAUAUUGCAGCAAGAGAUUUCGCAACAGUGGAGAGGCAGCUCAAGAAGGAUAUUUCGUGUUUGGCGAAACAAGCAGAAGACAUGGUUGCUCUAGAAAAAGAGGUAUCAGAUGGAUUCAAAAAAAUACAAUCAAAACAAAAUGAAACUGCUCUGGAACUGAAAAAAACUGAAUUGCGUGCCGAAGAAGCGCAAAACAGACUGACAAUGAAUGCAAAAGAGGCUAAUAGGUGGGCAGAAAGAGCAAACAAAGAGAUCAGAGAACAUGAAAGCAAAAGUGUGGCACAGGUUUUCACCGGCUCACUAGCUUAUGUGGGUGCAUUUAUAUUUCCGCUCUUACCCCCUGUGGGCGCUGUAGCUAUGGCAGCAGGCGCUGGCUCAACAGUUGCUCUUGGAAUAUCAAAAAUGUCCAACACAGAAAAAUUUAAGGAAUAUGAAAAAGAACAUAUACAAUGUGUCGAAGAAAUAAAGAAAAAUUUGGGCGAGGGUUUUGUACUUUUUUUGAAACACUUGAAUCUGGCAAUUGAAAUUGCGUCACUCGGAGCUUUGCUCGAAAUAAUUCAGGAGUGCAAGGAGUUCCUCGAGAGAUUUCGUACUCAAGCCUUACAUGACCUGAAGGAGCUACAACAAAAUGCAACAAAAGUCGGUACCGUUGAAGCGAGAGCUCGUAUUGCAAACGAUUUAAGAUCACGUAUUCGGGGAAAAGCGACUAGUUUGAGAGCUAAACUAAAUGGGUCUCUACUUGAGCUUUGUGAUGGUAUCGAUGAUUUGCCUGGUGCCCAUGCUGGAAUGAGAUCAACGUGGAACAACAGAGUUCAAAAUAAAUCACAGAACGACACUCUGGGAGCGAUUUCCGCAAAUUACUUCUAACUCAGAGUAUAAUCAAACUGUUAUUAACAAAGAUUCACCAAAUGAGCUGUUGGUAGAAAAAAAAAUGUUUUUUCAAUUUCUAGUUUGUGAUUUGUGUGGACAAAUUUUUUUCUUCACAUAUUAACUUCUAGCUUUAGACAUUCUGCAGAUUCUCACUCCACGGCUUGUUUCCCAGUCUAAUAGUCAAUUGAAAUGUCGGAAU